AUGGAGGAAAAACUCAAUUUACAUAUCUACCCCCUUCAGAGGCUGAGAAUUUAUAACGUGCCCAACCAAAUUGAUGUAUCAUUGAAUACACUUGAUACUAGAAAACGAGACAAAGAAGGGGAUACAAGUACCCUGUACGACUUUAAGUGCAAACAUGUACACAACCCUCAUAUGAUAUACGAUCCACUGAACUGCAAUAUUUUGAAUGAAAUUAAAAGUUUUCACACAAAUGAUAGGCUGUAUGACAUAGCAAGGAGAGGGGAUAUAAGAAAUGGAGGGGCGAUAGAUGAUGAAGACGAGGAUAAACGUGCGGGUGAAGAUAGGGAUGAAGACGCGGAUGCAGAUCGGGAUAAAGAUGCAGAUGAAGACGAAUUAAACGAACUAAACGAACUAAACGAACUGAACGAACUAAACGAACUGAACGAACUGAACGAACUGAACGAACUAAACGAACUGAACAAACUAAACGAACUGAACGAACUGAACGAACUGAACGAAGUAGACGAAGCUGACGUGGAUGGCGUUGAAGGUGACAAAAAUAGCAGCGGUAACGAUCAUGCAGAGUUCUCUGGGUGGACUUAUCAGUUUGAUGAGAGUGAAAAUGUAGCGGACGUAAUAGGUGAAAAUCUUAAGAACGCAAAACAGUGCCAUUAUGAUAGAGACAAUGGGGAUGUGAAUAAAAAGACUGAGUCUUAUUUUUUUAAGGUCACUGAUGAAAAUGAAAAUUCUUUUAAUAGUGGAUGUAAUGAUGAUGGUAAGAACGUGUGCACUGUGAAUGGAAGAUGUACUGAUGUAGAAAAGGUAGAGCUUGAGUCAAGUGAUAAAGUACACGUAAUGCUUGAUCCAAGUGGAAGAGUACGCACGACGCUUGAGCCAAGUGGAGGAGUACAUGCAACUCUUGAGCCAAGUGGAGGAGUACACGCAACUCUUGAGCCAAGUGGAGGAGUACACGCAACUCUUGAGCCAGACGACAGAGAAAAGGCACACCAAAGCUGCAUCAAUUUCCUUCGUAACUCUAUUACUUACGAAAAGGUAACACGAGAUGAUCAAAUAAGAAUCAAUGCGGCAUCUGAUGUAGUUAACACACUGGGUACGUUUUACAUUAACCAGAGGGUUUGUUUGAAUAAGAAUUACACGUAUGACUUGAACUUGGGUUUGAAAUCCCCUGUUUUAGUAUUACCCUCAGGUUAUUACAACAACGAAAUAAAAAUCAUUGGGGUUCAAAUAGACGAUUGCGCGUAUGACGAGGACUAUCUGUAUGGUAGGGAGUGCCAUCGUGCAAGUAGUACUGUUACUGGUAGUGGUUCAGAAAACAGUAGUGGCAAAGGCAAAGGCAAAGGAGGACAUAUUUUUACCGAGUGGCAGGAUGUGAACCCUGAACAGAGUUAUGUGAUGGGUGAGAUGAGCGAGAGUGAGUUCUUACCUGUUAAUGCAAAAUUUAACUUUAACAAAGAAAUACACAUAAUACCACAGAAUAUGUGUGUAUGUUAUGAUGACAUCUAUCAAAAGAAUUAUCUUCCAUGUUUUUGUAACUACUCAGAAAGAAUCAAAUUAGCUGAAGAGUAUAAUAAAAAGCAUUUUUAUAAAAGUAUUUAUAAAUUAGAAAACAAUUUACUUCUAUACAAAGUGAACAGAAAUUUUACAGAAUCACAGCACUAUGGAUCUGUUUUAAUGAAUAAGUAUUUAAAAAUAAAGGAAGUAAAAAUUGAUACUAAUAAUAUUAAUGAAUCUAUUAUUUAUUCCAGAAAUGACAUAGGUCUGUUUAUAUGCCAUGUGCAAUAUAUACAAGAGGACGUUGUGUCUGAUGUUGUGUCUCAUGUGUAUUCAGAUGUUUAUGGAAAAAAAGGAAAUAAAGCAAAGAACCAAUGGAACGGAGGGGGAGGAAAACAAAAUGCAUAUCAUGGUAUGUACCCUAUAAUGAGCAACAACUUAAAUGAGGAGGACGACGAGGGGGAAGGUGACUGCUUCCAUCUUAUGGGAUACAAGAUUAGUAUCAUGAAAGACAUUCUUUUGUUUGAUAGGAUAUAUCAGAUGAGUCCAAGUCCCCACAUAUUUGGGAAAUGUAUCUUUUUAGGUAGCUAUAACAGUUUAUAUACAUACGAUAUUAGAAAUAAUUUAAUCGAUAUUACUGAUUUAAAUAAAAAAGGCAAAUUUUUUAUAAACAAUGACACAGCAGUUUGUUUGACUCACUCACAAGAUGAGAAUAAUAUUAUACUCGGUGCCAGUAAUUUGUAUUUUCUAGAUAAAAGAGUUAAUAAUUUAACAAAAUUUAAUACUAACAAUUCUGGGGUAAAAAAAAUAACAACGAAAAGUGUUCAACUACAUACAGAUACUCACUUUUUAUCAAGUAUAUCUGAUAAUAAUAAUAAUAAUAAUAGUAGUAGUAAUAAUAAUAAUAAUAGUAAUAGUAAUAAUAGUAAUAGUAAUAGUAAUAAUAAUAAUAGUAAUAGUAAUAAUAAUAAUAGUAAUAGUAAUAAUAAUAAUAAUAAUAAUAAUAAUAAUAAUAAUAAUAAUAAUAAUAGUAAUAGUAAUAGUAAUAGUAAUAAUAAUUAUUAUAAUAAUACUAGGCAGAUAAAUUUAUAUUAUGAAAAUAAGAAUAGAGUUCAUUUUAAUAGAGGAUAUACAGCAAUAGAAUCUAAUCCAGAUGUUCCUUACAUAAUUGCUUGUGUUAAUGCUUCUUUUAAUGUUUUAGAGAUAUGGGAUCUACGGAAUCAAUAUGAACCCUUAUUUGUUUUUCCUCUUAAUGUAUCUGAAUUUUAUUAUUCCUAUUUUAGAUAUAUUGAAUGGAUAAGAAUUACUCCAAAUAGCUCUACGCAUUUUCAAAAAAAAACAUACUACAACAUAGUAACAUUCUCUUAUCAUGAACAUCUUGUAUACGUAAGAAAAAUACUCAUUUCCGAUGAUUUCACUAGCUAUAAGGACCUAGGAAUACACACUUAUAUGAACAAUUCUCCUACGUAUAUGUACAACUACGUUAUCAAGGGAAGACCUUCAGAUGGGGCAGAUGCCCCUGCGGCAUUUGACAUGAACAGUACAACUGGAAUUGAUGUUUCUGAACAAAAACAUUCAUUAUCUUAUAAACAAAAUGGGAAUCUUCUCACCUCGAACGGUCCAUUCCUUGGCAUAGAAAAAAGAAACGAGGAAAACUGUCCUUCCAUCUUGGCACAAGGGGAAGGCAGCGAGAACCAAGGGAAGGAGGAGGGAGUGCAUGAGCAACAACCUCAGAUUCACGAGCGAGAAGAACAACUUUUGGCGAACGAAAUGAAGGCGCGGCAUGACAUAUCCUAUAACCACAUCUUUAGCUAUCGGCAUGUGAAGCUGCACGUGGAUGAAUCGUUCAUAGUGGACGCUUCAAAGUUUUCUUCAUUACAGAAAAAUAAAAUAGAUUGCAUAAAACUACCAUAUGAUGAUAAGAAAUAUAAUACAAUAAAUACGAAUAUGUACAAUAUAUUUUUCGGUUUGUAUGGAAUGAAAUGUAUAGAAUUUGUCCUUCCCGUAUUUUAUUGCUCCAAAAAAGGAAAAGACAUAACAUACGAAGCACAGAAAACAUCAAGUGAGACACACUAUUACUUUGAUGAAAAGAGAACUAAAACGUUUACCUAUGUUAUAAAACGAAAAGGGGGUGAUCAUAACAAAACUAUAGUUAAUCGAAAUCGAAGACAAGAAAUAGAGGGUAUUAAACUAGAUUGCAUACAAUUUAUUUUUCACAUUAAUUCGUCAGGUCAGAUCUUUUGUACCCCUGUUAAUUUAUGUAUAAAAAAAUUAACACAUAAACAAAUGGAUGACUGGAUACCAAUUAAUAAACGAUAUAUUGCCAACACAUACAAGAACGACAAUACUAUGAAGUUAUUUAAGCACUUUUCGGACCUGGUUGAGAAUAAAAAAUUUCAAAAAGAUGGCACGACAUUGGUUCCCCCCAAAUGGGAAAACGUUGUUCCUGAUAAUUCUUCGAAUUAUGAAAAAAGCAUGCAUUCAAAUGAAAGAGGAGGGGAAGAGCGCCUGAAGGAGUACUCCUCCAUUUUGAGAGGCAAGUCAAGUGGAAGGGGGGAGAGUGGAAAAAAAGAAAGAGAAAAGGGAGAACACGACAAAAAUGUGUACGGAAAUAAUACGUUCGUCAGGAAUACGCACGGCAUGAAUCCAUACGACAGUGAUAAUUUCGACAAAGCGUCAUACAUUUCCGAUAGGAACCCCUUCCCAGGGUUUGUAUCUAACGGUGGAGAUAGCGAAUGGGAAGGAGUAGAAGCAGGAUAUGAAGCAAGACAAGAAGCAGGAUACGAAGCAAGACAAAAAGCAGGAUACGAAGCAAGACAAGAAGCAGGACAUGAAACAGGACAUGAAUUAAGACACGAAACAGGUCAAUUAGCAGGUCAAGUAGCAGGACAAGUAGCAGGACAAGUAGCAGGACAAGUAGAAGGACAAGAAGUAGACUUAUACGCGUACGCUGCACGUGGGGGCGAGGGAAGGAGCAAUUGUGCAAGCCAACUGUGGGCCCACAAGAACAACACAGAUAUCCCCGUAGAUGCUGCGAGAAGACAGGAAUUUUUGAAUUUAAAUAAAAAUAAUUAUGAUAUAUUGAAAGAAGUUGACUCUGAAUACGUUAAUGUGACACAUGAAUUCCUCUCUGAAGUUUUCAAAUUAAUAUGUAGAGAUAAAAUUCUUGUGUUACAAAGAAAUAGUAAUAAUAUAAAAAUAAUAAGCACAUAUAAUAAUAGUAAUAAAUUAAGUUGGAAUCGGGAAAUUUUUUUUAAAAUUAAAAAAUGCUUAUUAUCUAUAUUGCCUUCAUAUCCUUCAAAAAUGAACAGCAAUAAUUUCCCCCUACCCUAUAGAAACGCAGAAGAUGAAAAUGAAAAAAAGAAAAAAAAUAAAAUAAUAAAUUCCUUUCAAAAUUAUUGUGAUAAUAAUAGUAGACGAGUGUAUUUUUCAUCUCCUGCAAUAUCCCCUUUAAAUAAUAACCAAGGAAAAGACGAAAUUGAUCUCGAUUUUUUAGAUUCACCACGUAAUGCUACUUCAACCAUUUUUUCCAAUUGCCUGAACAGUCAGGAAAAAAUGGGUGAUAAAAAUAUAUACUCAUCAUCAAAUGGUGACAUGUCUAUUUUCAAACAACAUAUAAUCGACUUUGAUGUACACAUGGGAAAUAAGGACGCUAUAAUAAUGAGAACCCCUUCUGAACAUAUCAGCACUAUUCAGGAGGGAAAUACAUUAGUUAAUAAUGAGGGGAAAAAUGCAAGUGAAGGGGAGAGACUAAAUAGACAUAAUUUGAACAGCGGUAUAACUAUUUAUAGUUCGCCGCAGUAUAAUCAUAAACCUCUUGCUAAUAAAGGAAUGGACGUAUGUGAACAGACAAAGGUUAACUCGGAAAAGGACUACAGUCAUUGUGGAAGAGGAGUCGAUAAACGUGAGAGAAUAGGGCCAUUCUGUUUGGAUUUCCAAUGCAUAGGAGGAAUGAAAAACGGGUGCAGCAAAGGUAGAGAAGGAGGAAGAAGUGGGAAAGGGAGCUUGAACAGAUACGAAAAAGGGAAAGCAACAAAAAGCAAAAGGACGGACAAAAGGAACGGAAAAAUUAAAGCACUUGGUAAGAACAGAAAGGGCGCAUCUUCAUCCCUCUGCCGUGAGAGUGUAACGCUUUACUCAAAAAAUAAUACGCUUGAAUUAUUUUCCAAACAUAACAUUAAAGAUGAAUAUAAAAAGGAAGUAAUACAGACACAAUUUAAAAAUAAAUGCAGUUUUAUAAAUUUGAAUUAUUUAAAAAGAAACAUGUUUAAGGAAAUAAAAUAUGCUUUUUGUUCUUUUCAUUAUCAUAAUUUCUUUUAUGUUCAAACCUUAGCUGAUUUAAAAUAUUCAGCUUAUGAUAUAACAGAUAACAUGGUACACAAAUAUAUACAGGAUAGUUACCCUUUUGCAAAUUAUUCACCCAAUUUCCAGUCAUUUAGAAUUUUAGCAAAAACUCAAGCAUACGAUCACAGUAAAAUAUUUUAUAAUCAGUCUUUUAAUUUUUAUAAAUUCCUCCUGGACAAAUUGAAAGAUAAACAUGAUUGCAAACUAAAUACAACCAAUGACUGGGGAGGGAAGCUGUCCAUUGGGGGGGACAAACCUUCCAGAAAAAUCCAACAUAAUUAUGGUAAUUCCUUUAACAGCAAAGUUUUCCCAUUAGACGAGCUCAAAGACAGUUACAGUAACAUUAAUGGAGCAUAUGAUCAGAACCAAAAUACACAGAUGAAUUUCUCUUCCGAACUGAAUGAGCAGGACAGUGUUAGGAGCAAUAAUAGUGCCUUCAAUAAUUUUAUUACACAAGACGGUAAUGUAGAAGAACAAUCAGGGGAAUUAUGUAACAGUUAUCAUCAGAAUGAUGACAAUGUAUUUAGAAAUGAUAGGGUGGUGAAAUACUCAAAAAUUGAAGAAUUAGUGAAGGAUAUAGAGAUAGAAGAUCAGUUAUAUGAUAAAGGAAAAACAGAGCAAAAGUUUACCUUGUCAACGUUAAGAGAUGCAUAUAAUUUGAAAGAGCUAAUGGAUGUAUAUAAUGAAAAGGGAAUAUAUUACAUUUUAAGUAGUAUGCAAAAAAUAAAAUUUGGAAAUGGAAAAACAAAAUCUGAUAAAAAAUUAGUGAAACGUUUUUUCAUUCAUGUUUGUAAAGAACUAGAUAAGUGCGUAUCUGUAAAAAAUUUUUUUUUUUACGAAACACCUAUUUGUUUUUGUCUUUACAAGAAGGAUUAUAAUAAUAAAAGUCAGUAUAAUACGUACAUAAAUUCGUAUGAAUUUCUCCUAGACACUGUACUAUUUUUUAAUAACAACGAUUUGUUGAAGAGGGAGAUGAACAAGUUGCACAUUUAUGAUGAACAUAUUCUAUUUAUGUAUAAAAAGAAAAAAGAAAAGCAAAAAAAAAAGAAAAAAAUGGUGCACACGGUAGAGGCAGAACAAAUGGUAGAAGCAGAACACAUGGAAAGAGAAUCGCACGCUGUGUUUGAAAAAGUACCUGAACGGGGAAAGGACAACGAAAAGAACGGGAAAAAUAAAGAAAAAAUGAGUAGCGCAUACAAAAAAAAUGAUGUUACAUUUGUUAAUAAUCCACUACAUGUUAACAAUAACUUGAACAAUCAUUUAGGAGAAGAUUUAUUUGUAAGAUUGAGAAGAACUUACAAUAAUAGUGUGUACAGAGAAAGUAGGAGUAGAAACUUUGAUAAAGACACCUAUCAUAGUGACAGACCAUUUAAUUACGAUGAACUGCUAACCAAAUUUAAAAAAAGAAAGUUGCUGUUCCUAAGCAAGGAUAUUACUUAUCAUAUUUUUCAACAUAUUCUACAAAAUGAAUAUUAUAUUCCAGUACCGAAAUAUAUGAAAAAUAAAAUAAAAAUUAAGGAAGACGAUUUUCAAUGUACUCCUAUUACGUGCUUUAAAAAUUAUUCAGUUGGUUUUUACAACAAAAAACUAUUUGAUAUUUACAAUUCCAUUAAUUUUCAUAGUUUAAAAAAUUUUGACAUGCACAAAUAUAUAUACAAUGAGUACUUUAACAUAAGAGGUGUUAAAAUAGAAGAAAGUACUCUGAAUAAGCAUACAAAGGAAACAGAAAAAAAUUUAUUUAAUACUUCAAAUAUAAGUGGAUAUAGGGGUGGGUACAAGGUGGAUUAUUCCUUAUUGAAUAAAAUGUAUGAGUUAUGGCCAAAUAAUGAAAAGAGUUAUCAUUCCAAGGAAGACUAUAUGGAAAUUGUGGAAAAUCUGAAAAACCGGGAAAAAGUUAUUUUUUAUGGUUAA